AUGAAGUUUCUUCAGACCGGUUUCCUGCUGCUUACAGCCAGUGUAGUUCGCGCCAGCCUGCAGAUCGUACCUGGCGCCACGUGGACAGCGACCAACACAGGCAAACACAUCCAAGCCCAUGGCGCCGGAGUCAUCCAAGUCGGCUCAACUUACUAUCUGAUCGGCGAGGACAAAACCAACGGCAGCGCUUUCCAGAACAUCAACUGCUACUCGUCGACUAACCUCGUCGAGUGGACAUACGUCGGCGCCCUGCUGUCGCAGACUUCAUCCGGGGAUCUCGGACCCAGCCGUGUGGUCGAGAGGCCAAAGGUCAUCUACAACUCCAGCACCAAGAAAUAUGUUUUGUACAUGCACAUUGACAGCAGCGACUACUCGGAGGCCAAAGUCGGCGUGGCAACUGGCGACAGUGUUUGUGGCACAUAUUCCUACAAGGGCAGCUGGAGACCCCUUGGGUUUCAGAGCCGCGACUUGGGACUGUUCCAGGAUGAUGACGGGAAGGGAUAUCUACUUACCGAGGAUCGUGCCAACGGUUUGCGUAUUGACGCCCUUACUUCCGACUACCUCAACGUCUCGAGCGCUACCUACUUGUGGGGGGACUCGAUUGAGGCGCCGGCGAUCCUGAAGAAGAACGGAUAUUAUUUCAUGUUUGGCAGCCAUCUUACAGGCUGGUCGCCCAACGAUAACGUCUACUCAUACGCGACCUCCCUCUCCGGGCCCUGGUCAUCGUGGGCCACCUUCGCCACCACCGGCUCCAACACCUACACCUCGCAGACCAACUACAUCCUGCCCUUCGGGUCCUCGGGCAUCUACAUGGGUGACCGCUGGGUGUCGUCGAACCUCAUGCGCUCCACGUACGUCUGGCUGCCGCUCACCAUCUCCGGUACCACGGUCUCCAUGCCUAAUUACGUGAACUGGGUGCCGAACGUCUCGGCGGGCACGUUCGGCGCCGGGCCGUCGGAGGCGCAGCCCGAGGCCGAGAGCGCCACGCUCGCCGGCGGGGCCAGCAAGAUCGCGUGCUCGGGAUGCAGCGGCAGUAGUGCUGUGGGCAACAUCGGCGGGAGCUCGGGCGGCACGGUGACGUUCAGCGGCGUCAGCAGCUCGGCGGGCACCAAGAGCACGAUACGGAUCAAGUACGAGAACGGGAACACGGGCCAGCGGUUCGGCCGGGUCACGGUCAACGGCGUGGGCCAGACGGUCGCGUUCCUACCCAGCGAGGACGGGAACACGCCCGCCAGCAGCGUCGUGCACGCGCAGCUCAACAGCGGGGCCAGCAACACCAUCGUGGUCGCUGGGCUGGGCGACGGGACGUACGGCCCCGAUGUCGAUCGCGUCAUGGUGCCUAGUAGCUAG